AUGUCCACCCAGUCAGUUGAAAUGUAUAUGUCAAUCAAAAAUGAGAAUUUAAUUUCUUCAUCGAGGUAUGACAAGGAGAUAAUUUGUGAGAAUGAUGGCAUAAAUUUGGUUCUACAAUCAUUAGAUCAGCUCUAUUACGAUCUUAUGAAAAUUGAAGUGGAAUUUGAAGAUCAGCUGGAGGAUAACAUGGAUGAAUUUGAAAGAACAUUAUCGGCAAUAGUUGACAACUUUUUGCAGAAAAUUGGGGAAGAAAUGGCUUUAUGCCGUGAGGUUGCAAAUGAAUACAAUGAACAAUUAACCAAUCACUGUCUUCAUUUGUUCGAAAAAGCUUCUCUUGAAAACUUUGGAAUUGAAGUUACACCACAAUUAAAGAAGAUAUUUCAAGAUAAGGACGCUCUUAUGGAUGCUCUUGCUGAUUGCCGAGCAGAAAGAAUAAAUUCUAUUGAUGUGAAGACGGAUGUUAUCCGUGAUGAAUGCUUUAGAUGGCUUGAAAAUAUUAUUGAGGGAUUUAAAAAGACGCAAAUUAUCGAUCGUAAAAAUAACAGGGUGUUUGAAAUUCGAAAUUUUAUCGAAGACCAGCGAAAGGAGCUUAUUUCAUCUAUCGGAAAUACUAUUUAA